GUGAGCAAGCAUCAGUCAGCAUCAGCCAUGAAGCUCGUGAUCGUUCUGUUGAGUGUGUCGGCGGUGGCGCUGGGGCAGAGCGGCGCCCCGACGGUGCGAGAGGAGCCUCAGCAGGCCAUCGGCAGAGACGAGCCGCGUCGCCUGCAGCUGGGGGACAUUCCCUCGCCUUUCGUGCUCAAGGAUCAGACCCGACCAGUCCUGCUUAGAGAUUAUCCCUACUACUACAACCCCUACCGCCUCCACCCUUUCAACCUGCACAACCUCCCGAACUACCGCAUCCAGCCCAAGGACGGCAGCGGCGUGGCGCUGCACCCGGGAGGCGCCACAUCUUAUAUCCACCCUCAGGUCCAUGGGCUGGGCAAGCGAUCGGCCGACCCCAAAGACACCCCUAACUACUCCUUCAGCUACUACCAUCCCUACCACUACUAUGGCUACCAGGGCUACCCCUUCCACCGCUUCAGUCCCCUCCACCAUAUGGGCAAGAGAUCAACCGACCCUCAGACAAGACUGCCCUACCACAGCUACUACAGACACCCUUUCAUGUACCCCUACAGCAGCUUCGACCUCUACCCCUUCGGCCUCUCCCGCGGCUACAGCUACAGAUACUAAGUCCCCGGCGACCGGCUCGAGAGGAAGACUCCACGCCCCUUGCAACUGCAGACAUAGCAACGGAAAGAAACACAGCGACGGAAGGAAGCUUGCCGCGCGCAUCCCGACCGUCGUGGACAAAGGCUUCACGUGGCAUCACACUCGGGCUCCUUCAGGAAUGGCGGAGGUCACUCCCGCCAGCCGACCGAGCCCCGUUUCUGAGCUUGAUAGUCUAGUGCCGCUCACGCUGUUUUUUCAGGCUCUGUUCAUUUGUAUACA